GGGCGUCUCAGAUGUCAAAUGACAGAUCGUCCUCAGCCCCGGUAUAGUUCGUGUGUAUUCCAUGCACAUUUAAGGUCUACAUUGUUCAAAUUGUGUAUUUAUUUUAAACUGAAAUAUAUAUACAUAUUUUCGUGAUCUUUACGUUAUACUAGUUACAGAACUAUCAGAAUGGAUGAAGAGUUAGGAGAAUUGACAGAAAAUGACUUCAUCAUUCCACCUGUAAAGUAUGAAUAUUUAGAUCACACAGCUGAUGUCCAAUUACAUGCAUGGGGUGAUAGUUUAAAAGAGGCAUUCGAGCAAUGCGGUAUGGCAAUGUUUGGAUACAUGACAGACCUGAAUUAUGUACAGAUUAAACAAGUGCACACAAUAGAGGCAUCAGCAGACGAUAUGAUGGGGCUGCUGUAUCACUUUCUUGAUGAGUUAUUAUUCUUGUUUUCUGCUGAACCAUACCUAAUAUGUAAGAAAGUAAUGAUUACUGAAUUUAAUACAGAAGAGUUUAGAAUAGUUUGUAAGUGUUAUGGUGAGGAGUUUGAGAUUGGUAAACACCCACAAGGGUCAGAGGUCAAGGCUAUCACAUAUUCAGCAAUGCAAAUUAUUGAAGAACCUAAAGAUAAUAAGUUUGAAGUGUUUGUUAUUAUUGAUAUAUAAUAUAUAUUUUUAUAUUUUAUA